AUGAUGGGAUUAAAGAGAAUGAUGGAGAAAUUAGGUGUUCCAAAGACUCAUCUGGAAGUGAAGAAGAUGAUCUCUGAGGUCACUGGGGGAUGUAGUGAAACCAUUAAUUACAGAGACUUCGUUAAGAUGAUGUUGGGGAAACGUUCUGCUGUUCUUAAGUUAGUCAUGAUGUUUGAAGGAAAGACCACAGUAAAUAACACACCUCUUGGGCCACCUCCAAAAAGGGAUAUUGCCAGCUUGCCUUGAAAUUGGUUUGACCAGCAACUGUUGAAAUUGACAAUUAAACCCACACUUCUACAUGGUGACAUACAAGUGGUUUGUAAAUGGAAACUGUUUUAAAGUUGGCUACCAUCAACUCUACAAGGAUAUCUUGACAGAGAAGUUAACAGGAAAAGGGAAAACUUGCAGUGUCGGCACAUGCAUAUUUGACUUGAUUGCAGCAUUUGGUCUGAGCUCAUUGUCCCCCCCACACAUAAUUUUGGAUCAGCAGCUCCUCUUGCUUUGUGUAUUUGUAUGUUACAAAUGACCUUUAUGUAGCAAGCAUAUAUGUUGCAAGCUGUAAUUUGCAGAGAUUCUAAAUGCAUCAGGCAAAGUCUACUUUCCCAAGUUAUUCAAAUGAACUGUUUCACAAGUGUCCAGAAAACUAACUCUCAGAAUUCUUUGAUAUUUUAGUCCAAAAUUGUAUAGGCAUUCUAAACUGCAGCGCCUUUUUCUGUGGUUUCUAACCAAGGAAAAUUUUGUUCUCAUAAUUAAUAGCAGUACAUAUUCAGUACUCAAAUUUUAACUUUGUAUGCUUUCAGAUGAUUUUAGCAGUGAAAGGAAUGUAUUUAUCCACUCUGUGACUUAAUUUUUGUAUUCAUUUACAUAAUCUUUAUUUUGACUACAAAUGUUUGUGACACAGCUUGGAAUUUCAGGGUAAUAUUUAGUAACACUUGAGUAAGACCAGUAAACUGCAUUGUGUUAAAUUUGAUUGCAUCAUAGUACAACUCUUCCAAAGUUAUAACCAUAUCCUGCAGCUACUGAACUUAGCUUGGAGCUGGACAUACACAGUUUACAUGAGAGAGUUCUGCCAAGUUACUUUAUGGCAGGAGCCUGUACUUUAGGGAGCUGGAUGUAUCACUUAACAUUGCCCUGGAUGUUGAAGAGCUGCCAUAGCAGAGAUGUUUCCCUUUUGGAAUACAUCCUUUUUCCACUUUCAGGAGAGUUUAAUGUAGUAGCUUUACUUUUUAUCAUUAAAAUACAAAGUACGAGUUUCUUGCUAGCCUCUUAGCAGAAACUGGUGACUUGUGUUAACAGUGUAUGCCUGAAACAGCUUCUUAGUUGAGUGCCCAUUUUUUUUAUGUUGCAGUCCACAGUACAUAUGUUAAGACUGUUACACAAUGUGAUGGUUUGACUGUGGGGUUGUUUUUUGUGCAGGGAAAGCAUUAGCGUUUUAAUCUAGUAUCUUAUCCAGUACCUUAAACAGAUUAAUUUUUAUUACCUUUGUCAUGUAUACCCCAAUUGUUUUUAUCUGGUUUUCACUGAAGUACAUCAGGUUGUCAUUCUUUUUUUGGCACUCAUGUAUGAGAUACUUAGCAGAAACUCUGCAUAUCAAACCAUUUGGUACUUGCACAAAGUGAUGUUCCAUAUGCACUUCCACCAUUUGCCAUAUUUUAUUCCAUUUUUUUUUUAUUAAGGUUGAUGAUCCAAAGUAUGUUGAAGCAGAAUUGGGACCACUUUUUAGCAUUACCUCACAUGGCAGAAAAUACAAUGUAGUUUUCUGUCAUCACUGUAGAAUGGCCACAUGGUCAUCUGUUUAAUGUAGCAGAGAAGAUGCUAGCUUUGCUUUGACUAGUAUGGGGAGCAUAUAAAGCACUUGGACCACAGAAGCAGGUUUUGGUAUACAAGCUGUCUUUUGGGCGUAGUGGAAGCAGCAUGCACAGAUUAACUUUGCUGCACAGAUGUCCUUUUAUUUAACGAUGUCUGCCAGACUCAUUCCUAAUAACAUUGUAGUGAUUUUGUAUGUAAUUUUCCUUAUUACUAAGGGGUCCUGCUUUUGUGAUUUUUAUUUAAUAUUUAGUUUUUUAAAGAACAAAUGUGUGAAAGCCUUACUUGUACAAAGCUUUUCAAUUUUACAGCUGUAAUUAAGUAAUCAAUUGUAUGUAAUGUAAACUUUAUUUUGUACAGAUAAACAAUAAAGAAUUUUAAGAAA